UACGGUGACGGUCGCCCACCGUGUCCUCUGCUAUUACAAGACUUUUUGCUGCACCACUCGGCGCGCGUGAGCCUCGGUUUAUGGGUCAAACUCGGCAAUUCAGCCGAACACGCUUAUUAACUCCAGACAACGGUCUAUUUUACUGCGCCAAUGCUAUUUACACGGCAAACACGAACGACCAAUUCGCCGUAGCUACUUCGCCGUGAGCCGAGCUACGGACCGGACCACGCAUAGGAAAAGCGCGAUCAAAAUAAUUUUCAGCUGCGCGUUCCCACAACGAUGGAAGGCAAUGGAUGUGUUUUGCUCUGCCUGCUGGCCUGCCUGAGUGUGUCCGCUGCUAGGAUAUUCGAGCGGUGCGAGUUUGCGACGGAAAUUCUCAAGUUAGGAGCACCACCUUCCCAACUCGGUGACUGGGUGUGUCUUGCCGCGCACCAGAGUGAGUUCAACACGGCCAUCAACCGUGGGCCAGCAGCGGACGGCAGCCACGACUGGGGCAUUUUCGUCAUCAGCGACCAGUUCUGGUGCAAUGCAAGCGACGCGAGUCCUAGCAACCAACAACGCAACUUUCCCAAUUUCUGCAAUACGGAUUGCAUAGAUUUCACUGACGAUAACAUCGCCGAUGACUUUGCAUGCGCCCAGUCCAUCUAUCUACGCCAUGGGUUUCACGCCUGGUUCGCCUGGCAGCAGAACUGCAUAAACCAGGACGUGACUGCUUACAUCGUCGGUUGUCAAGACUGUCAGUGCACUUGCAGCACUACUGCUGACAGUGGAUCCGACGCGGUCGUCCGCACAGAUGGUGCUGUUAGAGAUGAUCGUGGUAACGAUGUCAUUGAUAGCAAUCCUUAGGCAUCGGAUUUGCUUCCCUGAAAUGCUUACACUUUAGGGUCUUUUAAAGGUUAAAAAUUACCAUAUGGUAAUUUAUUUUAUAUGCACACGCAUCUUCGUCAAUUCACCUUCUCGUUCCUUAUGCGAGAUAAGUUUGUAAGCCAUAGCCAAUGUGGAAAAAUAUGAAAAUAUUAGUGUUUGCAUUAUUGCAUACACUAUUUUCAAAGCAGUGUUGAAGACACGUCGUCCGAGAGACAAAGGAGAGUACUAUUCUAUUGUUGAGCAAUGUUAGGUAAUUGUCCUGUUAAUCUACCGAGGUGGCACGCUCAAUUAAGCUUUUUAUAUCUAACUAACUAUGCUAUUCUCUAUAUUAUUCGGCGUGCCAUUCUUAUCUUUAAAUCGAUAAGAAAAGAACAUGCUUAUUACCGUCUAUAUAAACAACGGUUUCUACAUGUGUCGUUGCGCUUAUUGGUAGGCGGAAUAUGUACCUUAUAUUAAAUCUGUAAUUGUAUCGUAAUGAUUUCAAAUUUAAAUGUAAUAUUUUCGUUAAACGGAGUAGCACGUGCAACAUACAGAAAUUGUAAAAUUAGUAUUAGUACAAAUUGGUGUUUUCGGUACAACGCAGGAAAUUGGAAUUUUGUAUAUUCUCAGUUUAUAUAUAUUAUAUAUAUAUAUAUAUAUAUAUA